AGCGGCUGCGGCUGCGAUGCUAGCGAGCAUGUUGCGACAGGCGUCUAGGAGAUGCGGGGGGGAAGCGAUGAGAGCCUCCUGCCGCCUCCUCUCCUCCUCCUCUUCCUCAUUCCCCCGUCCCAGAGUCUUGUCGUCAGGAUUGCCAACAAGGCCCUUGAAUUUCCUUCCAGGCUUCACUGCCCUCUCCUUCAGGAGCUUUCACUCUAGUUCUUCGCUCCUCCUGCUGCCAUCGCACAACAAGGCUAUCCGCAGCAUGCUUGGUUACAAUCCACUUAGCAUGGUUGGUGACCGAUUCGCUUCAACCAAGGUUGCAAAGAAGAAGAAGGUGGAAAAGAAGAUAAAGGUCAGGGCUGUGACGCGGAAGCUUGCCCCCGGAGAGCUCCCCUACCCUGACAAUGGUCUCGGAGUUUGGCUGGACGGAAACACCACACCUGAACAAGCCACGAAGAGACUAAAGAAGAAGCUCUUGGCUGAUGGACUGCCUCAAAAGCUCAGAAACAACCAACGCCAUACCCGACCAGCUGAAGCGAGGAGGAGAGCAAAACAACUUACUAUCAGAAGGCGAGACAAGAAGCGUGUCCGUGACAAGCUCAAGCUGGUUUAUGAGAAGAUGAGGGAGAAACCGAUCGAAGAACUUUUUCUUGAGGCGCUCAAGGUCUCGGAGAGUAUAGCCUAAGAUGUAGAGGCGAGAAGCUUCGACACUUGCUGUUGGUCAGCAUCAACAAACUCUCCACAACCAC